GUUUGAGAGGAUGGCAAGGAAAAGUUGGUGAGAAGAGGGAAAGCAACAACCAGAGCCAUGACGUGGAGGAGUCCUCUGGCCCUGAUGAGGGACGCUCUGCGAGGUCAGAGGGCCCGAGAGAAGGACCUCCGCAACCUGGUGUCCAACCUGCCUUAUGAGGGACUGGAAAAGGCGAAGCAGCCCAACCGCUACUUCCCAUCAAAUGCCAUCAAAACCACCAAAUACACCCUUCUCCUCUUCAUCCCCAUGAACCUUUUUGAGCAGUUUCACCGUCUGGCCAACAUCUACUUUGUGGGGUUGGCUAUUCUGAACUUUAUCCCCGUGGUGAACGCAUUCCAGCCUGAGGUAGCUUUGAUCCCCAUCUGUGUCAUCUUGUCCCUGACGGCCCUGAAGGACGCCUGGGAGGACUUCAGGCGGUACCAGUCGGACAGGAAGCUCAACAACACGCCGUGUCUCAUCUACAGCAGGAAGGAGAAGCAGUUUGUGGAGAGACGUUGGAAGGAUGUGCGAGUGGGAGAUUUUGUGAAGGUGGUUUGCAAUGAGAUCGUCCCUGCAGAUCUUCUCCUUCUCGACACAUCAGACCUCAAAGGUGUGUGUCUCAUAGAAACAGCCAACCUGGAUGGAGAGACCAACCUGAAGCAGAGAACCGUGGUUUCUGGGCUCUCGAAUCCAGAAUUUGAACCUGAAAGCUUCAACAGUGUUGUGGUGUGCGAGAGGCCUAACAACAAUCUGAAUCAUUUCAAGUGUUACGUAGAGAAACCUGAUAAAGAGAGGGCGGGCGCCGGGAUCGAGAGUCUGCUGCUGCGAGGCUGCACAGUGAGAAACACAGACCACGCUGUUGGCUUUGUGGUUUAUGCAGGCCACGAAACCAAGUCCAUGCUGAACAACAAUGAGUCCAGAUACAAGCGCAGCAAACUGGAGCGGAAGCUAAACAUAGACGUCAUCUUCUGCGUCAUUCUGCUCUUCGCCAUGUGUCUCGUCGGAGCACUAGGUCACUUCUUAUGGCUGCAGGCGCUGCCUGGCGUCCCUCCUUACCUGGUCGCCGACAGCAGCGGUCACCUGGACGGUCCCAGUCUGUCUGGUUUCUACAUGUUCUUCACCAUGAUCAUCCUGCUGCAGAUCCUGAUUCCAAUCUCCCUCUACGUGUCCAUCGAGUUGGUCAAGAUCGGUCAGAUCUUCUUCAUCACUAAUGACAUUGACUUGUUCGAUGAGGAGACAGAUAGCCGCAUGCAGUGUAAAUCUUUAAACAUCACCGAGGACCUAGGACAGAUUGAAUACAUCUUCUCAGACAAGACAGGAACCCUCACUGAGAACAAGAUGGUGUUUCGACGAUGCUCCGUCAUGGGUACCGAGUAUCCACACAAAGAGAACGCCAUCCGCCUCGCUGUCCUUGAUGAACCAGAGUCAGAGGAGGAGGUCAUCUUCAACCAGCGUCCACAAUCCCUGCAGACUGGUUGGUCCCUGGAUGCUGAGGACACAGCCCCCCGAGACACCACACAACGCCGUGGCAGCCGACGCAGGAGCAAGGUCGCAGGAAUUGCUCAAAGCGAUGUGGCCUUCAGCAGUCCACUGGAAACUGAGGUGAUUCCAGACAAGAAGCUGCUUCAGCAGAUUAGCAGGGCAGAGAGCAGCAGCGGCAGCAGGAAGACAGAUCCCUACCUGGACUUUUUUCUGGCUCUCGCCAUUUGCAACACAGUGGUGGUUUCCAUGGCAACAGCUCAGAGACGGAGGGUGAGUGUGUCUCCACGCUCCUACCACACCACUAAUCUGCUGGAAAGGUUGUCCAGUCUGGUGAAAAACGUCGGCUCUUCAUGCCUUUCCUCCUGCAAGCGCAAGCCCAAGAGGAACCGCACCUUCUCAGAGAAUUCAGUUGUAGAGGAGGACCAUUUUCGUCCCUCUGUAAAAAUGGAGACUACUAAAGACACCUAUGGGCUCCAGACAUGCUCUCUCCAUGCUGCAUCCCAGAGCAACAAGCCUGCAGCAACCUCAGGUGAUCUGAGGUACGAGGCAGAGAGUCCAGAUGAGGCUGCUUUGGUGUACGCCGCCAAGGCAUAUGGCUUCAUUCUGCUGGCCCGCACCCCUGACAGCGUGACGGUGAGGCUGCCGUCUGGGGAGGACCUGGUGUUCGAGGUGCUGGACACCUUGACCUUUGACUCCAACAGGAAGAGAAUGUCUGUUCUGGUGCGACACCCAAUCACCAAAGAGUAUGUGCUGUUCACUAAAGGUGCAGACUACGCCAUCAUGGAGCUGCUUGGUACACCUUAUGCAGAGCACUUCAGUGGCAGUAAGAAGAACAUAGCAGCUGAUACUCAGCAUCACCUCGACUGCUAUGCCAAGGAAGGGCUCCGAACACUGUGUGUUACAAAGAAGGUUGUGAGUGCCAAAGUGUAUGAAAGCUGGUUAGUGGAUAGACAGAGAGCGCUGGCUGCUAUAGAUAACAGAGAGGAGCUCAUCAUGGACACUGCUGUGCAAAUGGAGACAAACCUCACUCUGCUAGGGGCAACAGGCAUCGAGGACCGUCUGCAGGAGAACGUCCCCGACACCAUCAUGGCGCUGAGGGAGGCUGGCAUUCAGGUGUGGGUGCUGACUGGUGAUAAACCAGAAACAGCUGUCAACAUUGGCUAUGCCUGCAGGCUACUGGAAGAGGAAGACCUAGUGAUUAACAUGAGCUGCAAUAACAAGCUCACGUGUACAUCCAUCCUGGACUGCACCCUGGAAGAGGUGAGGAGGUACAGCGCGGACCCUCGUAACGUGGACACCACUCCAGACAUUUCUCUGGUGAUUGAUGGACGCACCCUGGCCAUGGCUCUGUCGCCAGACCUGCAGGAGCGCUUUGUGGAUCUGGCCAAGCGCUGCCGCUCUGUGCUCUGCUGCAGAGUCACACCUUUGCAGAAGAGCAGAGUGGUGAAAGUGGUCAGGGAGAGGCUCAAGGUCAUGACGCUCGCCAUUGGUGAUGGUGCAAAUGACGUCAACAUGAUCCAAGCAGCUGAUAUUGGCAUCGGGAUAUCCGGUCAGGAGGGGAUGCAGGCGGUCAUGGCCAGCGAUUUUGCCAUAUCUCGCUUCAGACACCUGAAAAAGCUUCUCCUGGUCCACGGACACUGGUGCUACACUCGACUGGCCAACAUGAUCAUUUAUUUCUUCUACAAGAACGUGGCUUAUGUGAACCUGCUGUUCUGGUAUCAGUUCUUCUGCGGAUUCUCCGGCACGGCCAUGAUCGACUACUGGCUGAUGAUUUUCUUCAACCUUUUCUUCACCUCUGCGCCUCCCAUCAUGUUUGGGAUCAUGGACAAAGAUGUUUCUGCAGAGGUGCUGCUGGGAGUUCCUGAGCUGUACAGGACUGGACAGGGUGCAGGGGAAUACAAAUGUUCAACUUUCUGGGUUUCCAUCCUGGAUGCCUUCUAUCAGAGCCUGGUUUGCUUCUUUAUUCCAUAUUUGGCUUACCAGGAUUCAGACAUUGAUCUUUUUACAUUUGGAACUCCAUUGAACACAAUUUCUUUAUUUACCAUCCUGCUGCAUCUGUCAAUAGAGAUCAAAGCCUGGACGGUGGUCCACUGGGUGAUCAUGCUGGGCAGUGUGGCGCUGUACUUCAUCGUGACGCUCGCAUACAGCGCCAUCUGCGUCACCUGUAACCCUCCAUCCAACCCGUACUGGAUCCUCCAGAGCCAGAUGGCCGACCCCAUGUUCUACCUUAUCUGCCUCAUCUCCACUGUGGUGGCUCUGCUGCCCAGGUACACGUUUCACGUGAUGAGGAACUCUAUCGCCCCCUCCCCGCUCGUGCAAGCGAGGCAUCUGGACCAGCUGGACCCCUCCGAGAGAGAACAAUGGAUCAAGGAGUGGAGGAGCUUCAGGGGCGGAGGGCAAGUCAAACGCUCCAGGCUGUCAACCCCGCCCUCUCCCAGCCUGGAGACCCAUGCGGACAUUUUUCCAGAGUCUCCCACUGCCUCUGAUAUCAUCGGGGAUGAUUUCACACUGAACGUCAUCAGUGAAAACUAUCAGGGGCCUGUACAUACAUAAGAAACGGAGGCAACAUGAUGGGGAAAAAAAAGAGUACUGUGAUGAUUAUUUAUUUGGAAAAUUGUAAAUAUGUGAACUGACUCAUGAGAGGAUGUAUCCCAUGAUAGAGUAAUGCUUCAUUUUGGAAAAGCAAUCAGGGAGAAACACUCUUCCUCUAUGACUGGAGUCUAUUUUACAAUAAACUACUCACAGGCCCUCUUCUUCUUCCUCUCCUCAUAACAAAGUAACACAUAAGCCUGUUACUUUCCUGAUGGGUUUUCAGCACACAGUGGUAACCCAAUUAGUCAUGCCACCCACCCAUCCAAAAAGUGGCACUUUUCCAGGACAAAAUGCUUAGCUGGUUUAAUAUAUUCCUCUCACCUAGAUACCCUAACAGGCACACAGGCAAAAACACGUGUGGCUUACAGAUUUUCUAUUCAGUUUGCCUGCAUUAUUUGUUUUUUUUCUCUUUGCUGGCCUGUGGGUAGUUUUGUGCACAUUGUGUUUAUCUGUUUUUAAAAAAAAUGCCACGGAAAUACAUUUUAUUUUCCACGAGCGUGUGUUUGUGUGUGCGUCAAGCUUUGAGACAGAGCGUCGACAUCAAACAAGCAAAAAGGUAAAUUUAGAAGAAUCAUAAGAAAAGACUUCUAAGCUACAAAGUCUGGUGCUUUUUUUUUUAUGGAAAUGGAGUGUGCACAAGCGAAUCCACUGGUAAAAAGGGCUGAGUUAUCAUUGGCAUACUUCAUUAUACAGUAACAGCUCUGCUUAUAUAACCCCCCACUGCCUCCAGUUAGACCACUGCUGCCCUCUAGAGCUGAAGAUGAGGCGCUGCAGAAAGGUCAAAUGGGACAAAGUCAGGAAAACAAACCGACAGCUUUCAGGCUUCACUGUAUGAAAGCCAAAAGAACACGCAACAUUAAACUCAUGUAAACACC